AUGGUGUCCGAGGUAGAAGAGAAACGGAGGGGAGGCGGAGGGGAGCUCGAUGGGACUAGACCGAUGACGAUAUGCCCGCAAUCGGUCCCAGUCUUUCCUCCUUCACCACCUUUCAGUACUGCCCACCUCCAAAUCUUCAGCCUGUCAAAGGGAAAACACACCAACCCACAACUGUCCAGACCUCUCAUUCCCACAUCCUCCACCGCCCUUUCCUCCAUCAUGAACUCUCGCAAACCUCGGCGAAAUAACAACCACAACCAUCCCAGCAAUAAUAACUACCCCAAUCACAAUCAGGUCACCGACUAUGAAUCCGACGCCGCCUACUUCUCCGACAUGCAGCAACAACACCAGCAGCCAGCACCACCCUCCCGUACCAAUGAGGAGAUAAGCCUCUCCGUCUUGCGUCGCCAUAACCCCGACAUCACCUCGAUCCUCUCCCUCGCUCAAUAUGCCGUCGUGUACAUCUUCAGCCCCACGACGCGGCAAUGGGAAAAGAACGGCGUGGAAGGCACGCUAUUUGUCUGCCAGUUGACCCAGGGCAGCCUCGGCGAGGAGCGAUACACUGCAUUUGUGUUGAACCGACGAGGGCUCAACAAUUUCGACCUGCAGCUGACGGACGGCGACAAUGUGGAGUUGACGGAGGAAUACGUGAUUCUUAAGGCGGACGAGACCGACACGAACGGCGUCGCAGACCCCUCGAACCCACAGGCUAGCCAAACAAAUGGUACGGGCGCCCCCGGGUUACGCAUCUACGGUAUUUGGAUCUACUCGGAGCCACCGCCAAACUCAACAGCCCAAGCUCGAACCAUCAACGCGGAGAAGAUUCGCGAGUGCGCGGCGCACGCAGGACAGAGCUUGAAGAUGGCGCGCGAGCAUCAGGAAGCUAUUCGCCAGAAUGGACUACACGCGGCCGCAGCUGCAGCUGAGACUCAUGUAGCUCCCUUGCAAGAGGUCCAGGCGAGUGUGCCCAUGGGGCGUCAAAUAUCGUUGAAGGAUCUAUUUGGGCAGCAACGUGCCCAAGAUGAUGGGUGGAGCGUACGUGCGCAUCAUAUGGGUCCAGUGGAGCAGCAGCAGCAGCAGCAGCAGCAGGAACAAGCUCAGCAGGAGCGAUAUCAGCAACCCCCACCACAGCAGCAGCAGUACCAACAGCCUCCGCAGCAACAAUAUCAACAGCCUCUGCCUCAGCAGUACCCACCGCAGUACCCGCCCCAGCACUAUCAACAACCGCAGGGGUAUUCGAUGAUGCCUCAACACCAUCAGCAACCACCACCUCCACCUCAGCCGCAAUCAGAUGUCCUCGGCGACCUUUUCCGCCGAGCGGGAUUUGCCUACCAGGGUAAUGGACAGGGACAGUAA